GGAAUGAAAAAAUAUCAUAGAAAACCAAUUUCUCAUUGACCACCUCUUCACCCUGCAUUUCUUCUCCUGUUUUGAAAAACCCUAUUGUCCAACGCUGAAUUUUGGCUGUUGGAUCGGAACCUUGACGUUGACGAUUCCAGGUAUAAAGCCAAGGAAUGCAUUCUUCUGUUGAGGGUAGUAAACGGCAGUUACCACCAUGGAUGAUGCAGAAGGUUAGUGCCACUGCCACCCGUGUGAGUGACUCUGACGAUGCUGUUGAAACAAAUUGUAAAAAAAGAGACAUCAUUGCAGUUAAUGCAGCCAAUAAAGAUCACAAUAGAGAACCUUUAAGGACGAAGUCAAACUUAAGAGCCAAGCGAGAAGUUAAGGGAAGAAAAAAAUUAGACCAACAAGAUGGAAGCCGCGAAAAUGUUACUCAAAAGAAGAAGAAAAAAGGUGAUUUGUGUAAGGAUAGAGAUCAGAGAUCUUCUUUAAAGAAAAGAAAAAAAUUAGAGGAUUCUAGCCAUGGUAGUUUCGGUGUAUAUCCAGAUCAAGUAUCUAGCGACGAUGCCAUGGACCUGACAGUUGAAGAUUUGAUGGCCAUAGCAGAACAGUAUGUCAAAGAUUAUGAGAAAAAGGAUCGAAAAGAAAUAUCGAGUAGAGAGUGUGAAUCAAAAUUGCAAUUUCAAGUUACAAAUGAAACAGAAACUACCCUUGAUUCCCCUUGUGAGAACAAAAUUUCAUCCGGGUCUGGAAGGGAAACUUUAUCCAAUUCUGCUUCAACAACUGAUGAAUUAAUUGCUACAAGCACCUCUCAAACAGGUGAUCCUGCUCAAGAUAUGCUGGACCUGUUCUUGGGUCCCUUGCUGAGGAAAACUCUUGAGAAGGAGGAGAAGAGCAAAUCUAUUGUAGAAAAUAUAGAGAUUACCCACGAGUUCACCAGGCAAAGUCAAGAAGAACUUGCUGGACAAGAAAUAGUUCCCUUGGUGAAGAAAAGAAACACCCUGAAAGACAAGGUGGCAAUGUUUCUUGACCAAGACAUGUAGAUUCAUCAACACAAGCAUGCAUGUCAUGGCAAAGCAUUGAGUUAGAGUUCUUGCACAAUCUAUAAUAGUAGUUUCACCCGUAAAUCAUUUGAUAAUUGCGGUCUUAUCCUAGUUGGGCUAAGUCUGUGUAAUGUUAGUGUCUAUGGUUCUUUAUUGAUCAAAUUCUUAAACAAUAAAAUUGAAUUUCAAUCACUCAUUGCCUGGGGGUGGGGAAUUAAGAAAGUUUAUUAGUGACUACUGUUG